AUGGGCCUCCUGUCGCGGCCGUCUCUCCGUUCAGUGCGACGGAACCCCGAAGACCGCUCGGGGAAUGAUGGUCGCCCUCCGCCUAUGAAGAAGCAGCGAACUUUGGAGGAGUACGGCCUGCGCCGUCGCAGGAGCUCUCCAGAUUGCCUCGACACAACCACAACCCAGGACACUCACCCGGUCGGGAAAGUUCGUUCCGCAAAUCCUCCCUUGAGCGCCACGCGCCCGCGCACGGCGACGAGACGCGCUCGCCAGCACUCGUCCGCCUCCCCAGACUCUAUCAACUCCCUGAGUCAAUUGAAGACCCCCGCCCGCUUCCAUGCAAAUGGCAAUGGCUCUGUCGCGUCGCCUCGCGUACCCGAUCGCAAUACCCCCUCUGCGAUCCAUCAUCUGCACGAUGACCGCGAAUCUCCCGACCCAUUGGAUACAAUUUCGCCGGCUCCCACAAUCAGUACCACUAUCAGACCCCGAUCUAGAGCAUCUGCUCACGCGUCGGAAGCUCAGAGCAAAUUCCUAAAGUCCCCUGCGACCACUCGUAGCACCCGAAAGAAUGAUCCAGACCCCAUUCUUACGGAGCCGCCCACCGACACAAUCAAAGAAGAGAAGGAACAAGAUGAACCGGAAAAAUUACCAGUAAAAAGUGCGGUUGCGGAGCCCCGGUCACAUCAGAAGCGUAGGAGUGACCUUGACCUUCUGGAGAAUGAGCCUGCGCCCGUGUCGACAGGAACAGAGAGGCGGUCUUUGCGCUCAGCAGACACCGGUUCUCGUAAGAGCGAGCUCGCUCAAUACUUCUAUAACUAUGAGCAGAUAAUCAGUCUCGAUCAAUCAAAGCCUGAGACUCUGACAGCCGCCACAAUUGUCACAUUAAUAGACGACCUCUCCGAGCCAUUGCCACUCUCCACUACACCAGAUCCCACGCCUUUCGGUAACCCUCUAAAGCAGCUACACAAUUGCGAGGUCAUCUCGCUCUCAGUUUCCUCACCACCCCCCGAGGAUGACCCCCUCAACGAAGAAUUAUAUUUCCGUGCACAUCGCCGAUUCGAACGACAGGAAAAACAACUGCGCAACAUUGAGCGCGAUCGCGCACAGCACGAAAAACAACAAGUAGACCGCCUACUUGAGGAAUUGCGCGGCCAAGACUGGCUACGUCUAAUGGGCUUACCAGGCGUCCACGAAAGUGAAAAGAAACUCUACGAGCCUAAACGCCAGAUCCUCAUCGCAGAGCUAGUCGCCCUGCUCAACAAAUUCCAAGUCUGGAAAGACGAGGAAAGAAGGCGCAAGCUCGCUAGAGAGAAAUCAUCUCACCUCGUCGACGAGGCCGAAGCCAGACGCCCACAGAAGCGUUCACUCCCCAUCGAAGAAGCAGAGGAAAGUUCCCUUUCUCCGUGCAUUCCACCUAGUACACCCGACCCCAAUGAUGUGGAUGCCUGGGCCGCGCGACAGUUACAUCAGGAAGCGCGCUCCGCGUCCGACUCAGCGGCUAAAAUCCGCAAAUCCGUCAAGCCCAAGGCUGGCCCGGAUGAUGAUGAACAAUCCCAUCCCACAGAAAAAAGCGCUGCCAAGCGCCCAAAAGCACACGACCCCAUUGCCUUUUCUUCUCCACCUGCCGAUCCGGUCCCUUUCUUUCUUCCCCCGCCUGACGAUAAACCCUUUACAUCUUUCUUUUCUGAUCCCGACGAACGCGCAGCGGCCCUUUCUGCAAUACCUGGGCAUUGCCGGGAGGAGGGCACUGACCAGGUUAUGGCUUUUGGUCAACCCAUCCCCGAUGUGACGGAGUGGGAGUUUCAACCGCCUGAGGAACUGCUUACUGAGGAGGCUAUGCAAGCUUCGCAGAGGCAGCGGCGUUUACUGAAACGGCGCAGCCAUGGGUGA